AUGUCCUCCGACGAAUCCCUCUACCUCUCGUCUACUGAUAACACCCUCGUCGACGAACGACCGUCGCUUCCCAGUUACCUCCGCUCCCCCACUGUGUCAGAAGCAGGAGACUUUGAAGCCCGAUUCGUCAAUGAAGAGAUUCGUAUGCUCAGCAUGCUAGAGCAGGAGGAUCAGAUGGAAGAAGUAGCUAGGAGGUAUCAGGCUCGAGUCGACGCUAAUGCAGCAGAAGAAGCGGCCGCGGCACAGACUCCUGGGUCCCCCGUCAUAGACAUAUCCACAUCCUCUUCGUCCUCCCCCUCGCCACCCCCUUUGAUCCGUGAAGCCAAUGAAAGCAUCGUCUUCCCGGACAGGGAAACCUACCUCACGACCCCCGUCGCGUACAUGAUGGGACUUAUUGAGGGGACACCUAACACAGAGUUCGUGUCAGGACCGACUAGACCGGAGAUUCAGAGGGCAUUGGAGAUCCUGAAAGAGGAAAGGAGUUUUGUUCGACACGCACAGAGAGCCUUGCAGAUCCGAGAAGGCACAAUCAUCGCCCGUAUCAAUGCAGGAGAGCGAAAACUCAUGGGCUUACAAAACCUACGAGAUUCAUUUCACCCCGCCGACGACCCUACUCCCGCCACCGAAUAUCACAUGCCUACCACAGCUGUGGUAUCUCGUGCCUCGUCUUCGGCCUCAAAUGGCGCUCCGUUUCGCCCAAUGCUGGGGACUUACCCUACAAGGACUGACAGAGAACGAGACGUAUACCGGUUCGCACAAGUCUCCCCCCGUUAUCACAUCAUCCCCGCGCGUCUCGGCCUCAUCCGCUCCUCCACACGAACCCGACCUCCUCUCCCUUUCGUUGAAUACGACUCUAGCGAGUCCAACACCGCACCCGUUGUACUUCGCCCUCAUGGAGCUUAG